AUGCCCACAUCCACAAGAGCCCGACAUACCGCAACCGUCUCGCAGACAAUCCGUGGCUCACUGCAAUGUCUGUUCGCAUGUGUCCUGCUGAUGAUAUUUGCCGUGGCAGUUCUCGUCGGCGCCGGUACGAUCAAAUUACCACCAUGGACGAAAAGCCUAGACCAGUACUCGCCUAGAGACCAUACCGGACCUGCCUCAAAUAUUGUCCAUGACGAGCUCCUCAAUGCAGCCCGAGCUGGCGCAGGAGUACAUGGUAUCGUUGCGGCGGGACGGUCUCGCCAUGACACCCAUGACAGCCAUGUCGGCAACAUGAACGAAGUGCACUGA